CCGAAAAGUAUGUUUGGCCGCACCGAAACGAACAAGGACAGCUUUCUCGUCCAAACGAAGGCGGCACGGGAAGAGCGUGCCAAUGAACGGGCACAGGAAGAACGGCGGGACCGCUCGAUACUGUUGCUGCAGCGUAACAUCCGUGGCUGGCUGGCACGUACCAAGUUUCGGCAGAGAAUUCUAAAUGAAUUCGACGAAUUGCUUCCACCGAUCGCAAACGUCGGUAAACCGGUCGACCUUAAACCAAACCUUGCCGUGUACGGUGCCGCAAGCCACUUCCUACUCCAAUGGAAGGCGGAAACAGCCGCCCCCGAGUCAGCCCCACAAAGGGAACGGCUAGAACGACUGUGUCGCUAUCUUGUCGCAAGUCUCGAGUCGGAUUCAACCAAAACGAGCUACAUUGGCGUUGCGUUCAACAAAGAGCUCAGCCUUGCCUGGAUCCGGCACAUAAAGAAGCUGCUGUACCGAUGCUGCACCGCGAUCGAGCUGCUCAAGCCCGAAGUGCACAGCGAUAGCAUAUCAUUGGCCUUAUAUCUGCACACGCUGGUCGCAUUUACGUCGAUCAACAGUUGGGCGUUGUUGCGGAAUAAAUCGCUGGCCGGGCUGAAACCCGGCAUGACGCAACUGUGCGCGAACGUGAUGGGUGAUCUCGUACAGAAGGGUUUCUAUCUGACGCUGCGUAAUGUGCUGGUAAAGGGGACCUGCCGUCCGGUAGUCAACUUGAAACCAAUUUCCUUAACCGCUCUCGUAACGCUCGCCCUUCGUCCACUCGUAUCGUCCGGGUACAGUGAGAAUCUGCUCAGCCAAUUUCUCGUGCAGAUCCUCUCAGUACCCGGGAUGAUUAUGCAGCUCGAACAGUUCACACCGGAAUGCCUCGUAAGCAUCCAAACGCAUGGGACGCUGGAAAAAACGCUCGAUCUGCUGAGCGGCGAACAGUCCACCAAGUUCGUGGUUGCUAGCCUGCAGAACAGCAACCUUCUUGCGCUGCUUGCCAAUCUGGUGCAUCUGUACUAUCUGGAACCGCCGGAAAAUGCGUCCAAACUGGCCUACCCUGCUUUCACGUUUGUCGUUACGCAGCUGCUGAACGGUAUACUGAACAGUCUUAGCCAGGCCGGUGGUGCGUUUACCCAGUGGCACGAACUGUUGGGAUGGUUUUCACCCGGCAAGGAUCGGUUGCAGCACGAAAAUUUGCCACUCAUCAAGAAGCAGAUCCAUCUGCUAUGGAACCAUCGGAUCGUGAAGCUGCUGCUGGGCGACAAUCUGAAGGAGCUGGCCGUUGGGUACGAAACGAUCGACUAUCCCAUCCCGAGUGGGAACAGUACGGGGAAUUUGUUGAAGCGUGCGCUUACGUUCGAGCGUAGCUCGAUCAAAGGGCAACCGAACAAGGCGGGAAAGAUGUACCGGAAGCUGGGAUCGGGUGAAGUGUCCCGGGUGGCACUAACCUGCUCGAUGUAUCACGGUGCGCUGAGUGCGCUGUCCCAGUUACGGCUGGAUAUACUUUCCGGUCUUUGCUAUAACGAUACGGUGCUACACGAUCUGUGGCUUCUGCUCGGAUCGAUCGGUCCCAACUGUGGUCUGAAAGGCUUCAUCGAGCUGCUGCAAGUCAGCCAAACGAAUUAUGCGCCACCAUUGCUGCUGCUUUCGCUGUUCUGUGACUGUAUGACCCACUACGUGACUAUUUUAGACGACUUGGAAAUGUACGAACAGCAAACUCCAUUCACGCUGAACGACUAUAUCGUGCUGUCCCACUUUCUGAACACAUUCCUGUACCGUACCAUCCAGGAUCAGAUACUGGACGCGAAAACGGCCACGAGCGCACCGCUGUUCGUGUCCAUACACACGCUCCUACUGUGCCUGUAUCGUCGCGAUUGUCGCCGUCAGUUUGCACCACCGAAUCAUUGGCUAAUCCGCGACAUACGACCGUCCCACUUUCUGGCCGAUCUGGAGAAGGGCAAAAAGCACACCCAGAUAUUGCUGCAAAAGAUGCCCCACAUUAUCCCGCACGAAGAUCGGGUGCAGCUGUUCCGGAAGUUUGUACAGAACGAAAAAGCGGUACUGGGAUUGACGGAAUCCGCUUGUGCUUCGCCUAGCUCCGCACUGGUUACCGUACACCGGGAUCGUAUUGUGGAGGAUGGUUAUCGGCAGCUGGCCGCAUUGCCUCCCCAUGGCCUUAAGGGUGUGAUUCGUGUGCGCUUUAUCAAUCAGCAAGGGCUGGACGAGGCGGGUAUCGAUCAGGAUGGUGUGUUUAAAGAGUUUCUCGAAGAAACGAUCAAGCGUGUUUUUGAUCCUUCGCUGAAUCUGUUCAAAACGACCACCGAGCAACGGCUGUAUCCUUCUCCGACCUCACACAUGCAGGAGAAUCAUUUGGCACUGUUUGAGUUUGUCGGGCGUAUGUUGGGCAAAGCGGUGUACGAAGGUAUUGUAGUGGAUGUGCCGUUCGCUUCAUUCUUUCUGUCGCAAGUGUUGGGCCAAACGCAGCAAGCACUGUACAGCUGUAUGGAUGAGUUGCCAUCGCUCGACAAGGAACUGUACCGGAGCUUAACGUUCAUCAAACACUACCAAGGCGAUGUGGCGGAUUUGGAUCUUACGUUCAGUGUGGAUGAGGACGUGAUGGGAAAGAUAGUGACGCACGAGCUGCAUCCGGGUGGGAAAGCACGGGCAGUGAAUAAUGAUAAUAAGAUUAAUUACAUCCACUAUAUGGCUUACUUCCGCAUGCACACACAAAUCCGUGAUCAGACGGCCGCCUUUAUACGCGGAUUUCGGUGCAUCGUUAAUCCGGACUGGUUGGCACUAUUUUCCACACCGGAACUGCAAAGGCUGAUAUCGGGCGACACAUCUCCGCUAGACUUGAAGGAUCUGCGCAAACACACCCAGUAUUACGGUGGUUUCCACGACGGUCACCGUGUGGUCGGUUGGCUGUGGGACAUACUUGCCAAAGAUUUCACCGAGGAAGAGAAAAAAUUGUUCCUGAAGUUUGUAACGAGCUGUUCGAAACCACCACUGCUUGGCUUUGCCCAUCUGGAACCUCCCUUUUCCAUACGCUGCGUUGAGGUGGGUGAUGAUGAGGACAUUGGCGAUACGGUUGGAUCCGUCAUCCGCGGAUUCUUCACCAUCCGCAAGAAGGAUCCGCUGAACCGAUUGCCCACAUCGUCCACCUGCUUCAAUCUGCUCAAGCUACCGAACUAUCAGAAGAAGAGCAUGCUGCGGGACAAGCUUCGGUACGCAAUAUCUAGCAAUACCGGGUUUGAGCUUUCGUAA